AUGGCUCUUCAAAUCGCCGCCCUCAACGACCCGACCCGGGGCGGUGGCCGGCACGGCUCCGCCGCCGCCCGGGCCGCCGCCAGGCGCACGACCGAGGCCGAGGAAUCCCGACUCACGUCCAAGUACGAGCACGCGCUGCUGUUCAUGCGCGACGGGGCGCUGGAGGACGCGGAGAGGGAGCUUCGGUCCAUCCUCGACCACGACAUGAUGUCGGGACCGCCGAACCAUCGCCCCGUCGAGGAGUACCCCGCCCCGGCCCCAAAGCCCACGCGGGACGCGGAGGACUCGGACACCGACGACAACUCGGAGUACGAAUCGGAAGACGACACCCCGGAGAUGACGCUCACGUCGACGAUGACGCAGGUCAAGUUCCUGGCGCUCAAGAACCUCGGCAGGCUCGUCGCGGACAGAGCCGAGAGACGCGAAAGGGAGUUGAACGAUUCAUACGACGACGACGCCCGUCAACUUCACCUCGACGCCGACUUCGCCCUCGCGCUCCGCUGCUACGCCGCCGCGGUGGAGAUCGACGGGACGGACGCCUCGCUGUGGAGGCGCCUCGGCGCGCUCGCGGCGUCGCGACGACUACCCCACGUCGCCAGGUACGCGCUCGAAAGGGGGCUGGCCAUCGCGCCUACACACCCGCUCAUGCUCGAGGACCUCGCGGAGACGCUGCUGGCAGUGGGGGACCUGGACGCGUGCGCGCACAUCGCGACGCUCCUGCGGAAGGUGGACCCGGGACACGCGCGGGCGGCGCGAAUGCGCGACGACCCGGGCGGGGUGACGCCGCUCGCCAAGUUUUCUCGGGCGGCAAAAUUUUUAUCCUCGACUUCGAUCAACGCGGACGACGCGGGCGACCCCAACACGCGUCCGGCGGCGUUCGCGCCGUCGUCAACCGCGGAUGAGAAGGACCAUGACGGCGCGGAGAUCACGCUGCGAGUCGCGGAGAAGAGCUGGGAGUCCGUGGCGCGCGUCCUCAACGCCGCGAUGGGCUCGGCGCCGCCCGAUGAUUACGUCAACGAAGACGCCGACGCCGACUUGAUGGACGUUGGCAUACUGCGACUGUGGCGCGAGCGCGUGCCGGAGUUUAAGACGCAGUGGCCGGACAUGAGCCUCCGGUACAGGAACAGGGAGAGGGACCCGACGACGUGGCAAGGCGUGCGAUUCGACGGGCCGGGGCUGGGUAACAGCGACGACCGUCUGAUCAAGCUCGUCGUCGUCGGCCGCGGGGAGCAGAGCACGCUGACCGCAGCGGCGCUGGAGCCCGAGCUGGGCAAGCUCGACGCGCUGCGGCACCUCGAGUUGCGGAACUGCGCGCUCACCGUGGCGCCGCCGUCCAUCUCCAAGCUCACCGCUCUGACCUAUUUGGACCUCGGAAAGAACCGGCUCACGUACGUACCGGAUAUAUCCGAACUGAUCAACUUGCAGGUGCUCAUCCUCAGUGACAACGACCUGAUGGAGCUUCCCAAGCUCCCGAUCCCGCCCGACGAUUCGGACGAGGACACCGCGCUGCGAUCCGUGGAAAUCUCGGGUAACCCGCGGCUCGCGCAGCACAUGACCCCCGCGACGGUCAAGUACCUGUUUGACCACCUCCCGAGAAGUAGGAAAAUCCGGGUGCUGAUGGCGGAGGAAUCGCAGGUGAGGGCCAGGCACGCGCACGACGUCGAAUCGCGAGCGCUCGUCGGAAACGUCGCAAAGGCACUCGCCGCGAGGGGUUUCGCGGGAGGGAACCAGCCCGGGACCCAGACGCUGCCGGGUACGACGCCGGCGACGGCGCCCCCCGCGAAUCAAAAUUUGAAUCAAAAUUUGAAUCAAAAUUUGAAUCGGGCGUCGUCGACGCCGAUGGACAUCGACGCGCAGGGACCGUCCACCCCGAACCGCGGCGAGGACGGCGACGGCCUCGGCUUCGACGACGACGACCCACGAGCCGGCGACACGUGGCACUCGCCGGUGGACGUGCUCGACGUGCUGGGUCGCGUGGUUCGUUUCGUCGUACCGGCGAGCGCCGACGAUGAAAACGCGUGGAAGGACGUGGAGGCUCCCACGGAAGCCGACUGGGCCCGCGUGUCGCGCGCGCACGCCGAGAAGGUGCGACGCGAGCGCGAGGGGCGAGAACGCGCGGAGGCUGAGCGCGAGGCGGCGAUCGAGACGGCGAAGCAGGAGGCGGAGGCUCGAAGGGUCGCCGAGGAGGAAACACGGAGAGCGCAGGCGGCGGAGGAGGAGCGAGUCCGCAAGGAGGAGGAAGAGAGGGCCAAAGCCGAGGCGGAGGAGGAGGCCAGGCGCAGGGAAAGGGAGGCGGCGGAGGAGGCGGCGAAUAAACCCAAGGUGGUGAUCAAGUACGGCAAGGAGAUCAAGCUCGAGCCCGCGAGGCGUUCGCGGCGGCAGAUUGAGGCUGAGGAACGCGAAGCCCUCGAGAAGAUUGCGCGCGAGGAGGAGGAGAGACUCGCCGCGGAGCGCGCCGUCGCCGCGCAAAUAGCCGCGGAGCGGAGCAAGUGGGAGCCGAUGACGGACGUCGGCGCCACGCUGGCGGUAAAAGCGGUGGGAGACGACGGAUCACUCGUCGCCGGCGCGGGGGCGUCCUGUCUCGCGAUGGCCGCCGCGGCUCCGAUGGCUCAAAACGACGACGACGCCGGGACGGAGGCGGCCGCGGAGAAAGCCGCCGCCGAGGUCUCUGCCGCCGCCGCCGCCGCGGAGAAGGCCGCCGCGGACGCGCGCGCCGCCGAGGCUGCCGACUCUGACGAGGCGCAGGAGAGGGACGAAGAGGAGGAGGCUGACGUGGCAUCUUUCCUCGCGUCGGUUUCGUCGCGCAACAGCGGCGCGGCCGACGUGGCGUGGCGGCUGCUCGCCCGCGUCACCGAGCGAUGGCGGCCGUCCUCCGAGGGCGCCAUGCGCGAACUCGCCGCGACCGCCGACGGACAGAGCAACGACGCUGCGGGGGGUAAGAACAACAACAACGACGGGGGUAAGAAGAAAGGCGCUUUUGGGAGCUUCGGCUUGCGCCACGCGCCGAGACCCGCGACGCUUCUGCGGCUGGCGGAGACGUUCGGCCCGGGCCCCGAGGGGGGCGACCCGAACCACAAGAGCCGCAUGGCGCGCGUGCACCUCUGCCUCGCGGACGCUGCCACGCGCGCGUCGGUCGUCGCGGCUGCGGUAGCGCGCGCGAGGCUGGCCGCGCGCCGGCGCCGCGUCCCCGCCGGCGGCCAGGGCGUCCUCUCCAAGGCGGCGGCGGCGGCGGCGGCGGAGGCGACGGAGGGACUCCCCCCGUCGCAUUUUUUGGAUGCCGCGAGGACCCACCUGUCCAAGGCUGUCGCGGCGGCCAAGGACGACGACGCGGUGUUCCUCGCGGAGUACCACUUCGUCGCGGGCUCGCUCGCCGCGACGGAGACAGGCGGGUCCAUCACCCUGGCCGAGGAACACCUGCAAGCAGCCAUGGACUGCGCUCGCGCGGCGGAGGAAUCGGGAGCCUACGCCAAGGAUACCAGCGGACACGAGAGGCUCACCGUCGCCAACAUAUUCGCCGCCCUGGCCGACGCGAGGCUUCACACGGUGGUGGACAAGGCGGAUGAGGAGCUCGCGGCGGGUAACACGGGCGAGCUCCUGGCGACGCUCGCGCCGCUGCUCCUCGAGACGCCGUCGCUCAACGAGCGGUCGACGGCGGCGUCGCUCGCCGACGCGGAAAAGACGGAUUCUGAGCAGCAGAUGGUCGCCUUGACGUCCGCGCAGAGGUCGGAGGCGCUCGGGGUGCUCGCGGAGGCUGCCAGGGCGGAGGCGGUCAAGGCGCUCAGGGGCGCAAACAAGCCGGAUUCCAUCGCCAAGGCUGACAGGGCGCUCGCGGCUGAGGUGAGGGCGAGGGGAGCGCUCUUUUACGCCGCCGCCAAAUUUUUAACCCCCGAGUCGAUGGCCGAGGGCGACGUGGAGAGGGACCCGGGCGCCAUAACCAACGCGCUCCCGAACCUCAUCGCGUGCCUUCGUGGUGCGGUGGAGCUGAGGGGACCCGGCGCGCUGGCCCCCGAUGGCGGCGUCGGGUUCAACCGCCGCGAAUCCAUCGACGGCUUAGAAGGCGAAGCGGCGUCGCGGCGCCACGAGGCUCGCGUCGCCGUCGCCUCGUUCGCGCCCGUGUUUGCCAAGAUGAUCGCCGCGUACUACGCGAAAAAGGCGCACCACCCGCCGGGCGAGGUCCCGAAGGAGCGACGCAGGGCCAAGGAGCAGGUGGAGAGGGAAACCGCGCAGGCUGCCAUCGCGGAGAUGUGCGCCGACGGCUUGGCGAUUAUCCAGCAGCUCAUCUCGCCCGAAAACGACGCUCCUUCCGAGGACGCCGCCGCCACCGCCAUGGACACCGACGACGCGAACCCUUGCCCCGCCGUGCCCAAGUUCGCGGGCGCGCCGGACCCCGUCGCGGUGCUCGAGCUGCACGAGCGGCUUCACGAGACGUUGGCCGACUGCAGGUGCUGCUGCGGCGCCGACGGGAAGGGGGCUUUUCUGCGGGGCGCGCUGCCCCGCUUGACCGCGGCUCGCCGGCCUGUCGCUACGGAAGCCGCCAGGCUGAAGGCGAUUGACGACGAAGCCGAGGCUGCCGCCGCCGCGGCGCGCGAGAAGGCUGCGGAGGAGGCUCGACUCGAGCUCGAGGCUAAAAAGGCGGAGAGAAAAGCCGCCAGGGAAGCGGAACGAGAGGCUCGACAAGCGGAGCGGGAGGCUCGACGCGCCGCAAAGGCGGAGGAGGACAAAGCCAACGACUCCGACGGCGACGACAAGUCGGAGGACUCUGCCGACUCCGACUCCGACGACGAGGACGACGGAUCCGAGGCGACCGACAAGGUUCCAGAGGACAAGGUUCCGGAGGAGGCGACGCUGGAGGAGCUGGCGAAGAUGUCCGCCGCCGCGGGGGGUACCUGGCAGCAGAUGGCGGUCGGCGGGGGUCGCGGCGGGCGAGGGGGGCGAGGCCGAGGCCGAGGCCGAGGCCGAGGCCGAGGCCGAGGGCGCGGGCGAGGGCGCGGCCGCGGGCGCGGCCGCGGGAGGGACGCGGCGGCCGCCGAAGAGACCGUCGAGGAGGACGCCGAGGAUGACCAGGGCGGCUCGGAAGGAGAUACUCCCGCGGAGCCGCUCGUGCUCGGACCCGGCUUUGUGCACUACUCGGGCGACGUUUACGUGCACUCGUCCCAGCGACCCGGCGCGGUUCACUUCGACCUCACCUUCCAGUUGUACGGCGCGGAUAAGGUUCACUACCCGUUCAGGGACUGCGACCCGACGGGCAAGUACAAGAAGGGCGUCGACCAGCUCCUGCUGCGAUCGAAAAUCGCGGUCAAGAGGUACCUCGAAAGGGAGGGCGAAAGGGAAAACCUCACCGACGAACAAUUUGAAGAGAAAUGGACCGCCGCGCUGGCCGAAUCGAAGACUUUGGCCGAGGCCAAGGCGAAGGAGGACGCCGCGAAGAAGGCUGCCAUCGACGCCGAGUUCGAGGCUGCGUACGCCGCCGCCAACCCCGGCCCGCUUGACGCUGCCAAGUCCCCCGGCAAACUCGUCGCGCCCGGCGCUAAGGUCCCCAAGGGGUACACCGUCAUCGCCGUCGGCGGAGCGCCCGGCCCGGCGAACGCGGCGGAUGAACCCCCCAAGCCCCCGACCCGACGCGAGCAGGUCGAGGCCAUCUUGGAGCGUUUCGACGCCACCAUCGCGCAGUGCUGCUACUGCCUCUACGGCGUCGAGCUCUGCGAUCGGGAUAAGUUACCGCGCAGGUGCAGGGACGAGGGCGGGGCGGCGAAUACGGUUUCGUCUCUGGAUUCCGUCGAGGACUGCGCCGAGCUGUGGGCGUACGUGCAGCCUUACGCCGAGGCCGUCCACGACAAGCCCGGGUUCGCGGCGGUGCUCCAAGCCGUCAGGCGGGCGUUUCCGCCCGCCGCCGCGGCUCCGCGCGAGGGCGAUCCGGUGGAGGCGUACCUGGCGGCGAUGCCCGACUUUGGCGAAGGCGCGCCCCCGGUGAACGGCGCCCAAGUCGGCGGUGCGAUGUUCGACGACGACGGGGUGAGCAGGGGCGCCGCGAGCAGGGACGAGGAGCGCUCACUCGCGAUGGCGGCGGUCACGCGCGCGGCGCCCGGGCCCGCGCCGCUCGACGAAGGGGAGGAGGAUGGAGACGAGGAAGACGGGGAGGGAGAGGGGGGAGGUUCCGAGGGCGCCGACCUCGACGCCGUCGCGGCGACGACCGACGCGGAGGGCGCGUUCACGGCGAUCGUGGACGCGGCGGGGGACGCCCCGGCCGCCGAGGGUGCCGAGGGUGCCGAGGGUGCCGAGGGUGCCGAACGGAAGAGGCCCAAGAAGAAGGCUUCGGAUGAUCCCGCGGUGGAGUACGCCGGCGUUCACAAGACGCUGCACCGAUUCUGCGCCGCCGUCGCCGACGUCCGGGAAAACGACGAGGCUUUCGAGCGAAUCGCGCACACGUUCCCGCUGGUCAUCGACCUGCUCCGCGCGUGCUUCGAGCCCCCGAUCGACGGCGAGCCGUUCGACGAUAACGCUUUGACCCUGGCGGAUACGGUUCGGGCGCUCAACGGCGGCGAAGAUUCCAGGACGUCCGGCCGAGCCAAAACAUCGCUCGGCUCUGGGCUCACCGCCGCGCAGGCUGCCAGGCGGCAGUUCCAGCUGCUGAAGGCUGAUUUGGUCCACAACCCGGCGCGGUUCGAGGGCUGGCUGGCGCUCGCGGACCACGUCGACGCCGUGAAGGACUUGGCACUCAACGACGCAGCCAAGCUCGUGACGGUGAAGGAUUGGAACGAAGAUAGCGAACACUCGUCCACGGCGCACGCGCUCGUUCGCCGGUUACAGCUGGCGUUGCGCCGCGCGACGUGCGCCGCGGUGGCGUGCGCGCCGAACGAGGACGACAGGUCGCAGGGGUACGAGCGCCAGGGCCUGGCCGCGUACGAGAUGGUCCAGGCGUCGCCCCCUUUUCACGACGGGAGGCGAUGGAAGCUCUCGAGGGACGCGGCGUGGCGAGCCGCGUUGGGACUAGCCAGGGACGCCUUCGACGGUGCCGCGAGGUGCGCGCCGACGGAGUGGACGUACCGGUGCCACGGCGCCAAGGUGGCGAGGAAGAUUGGCGAGCCGUGCGACGAGCUCUUCGACCGGCUCAAGGCGACGGUGGACGCCGCGCCCGGCAACCUCGAAGCGUUUUAUCAGAUGCACGCCAGCCGGAUCAAGUUUCUCGUUCGGCUCGCCGAGGGUAAGGCGAACGGGACGAUGGCGCAAGACGAACGCAGACGGGCCAUGGAGACGAUCGCGUCGCACGCGUUCGAACCCGAAACGCUCGGGUACUCGGGAGGGUCCGCCAAGUGGCGAGCGAUGGACCCGAUCUCCCGAUGGGACGCGCUGUGGCGCGACGCCGCCGCCGCCAUCAAAGCAGCCGCCAAGCUUCUCCCCGCGUACCACAAGGCGUCCUACAGGCUCGCGUGGUCGCGGCUGAGGUAUCCGGGCCGGGAGGACGGUCGGUUGCCGCCGGACAUCGUCCCGGAGGAGCUCAAUCAGGGCGGCGACGCGGCGGUGGCGGCGGCGAGAAUCGCGCUCGCUCCGCUGUUCAAGGUGGACAGCAACGCGCAGGCUGCGAUGAAGGACAAGGAUGCGUGCUUCAAGUACAACGAGCAGGCGCCGAGGUUCAACAUAUGGAUGUGGGAGAUUGAUGACUACAACCUGAGCGUGGGGCGGGGCGUGGGCGGGGGUAAGCGCGGCUCGUACAUCGGAUCGAGCUUCAGGCUGCACACGGUUGGGGUGAACGAAUCGGGCCGGAAAUUCGUCGCCGCUUCGAGGAAAGCCACGCGCCUAUACCUGUGCCUCUGCUUCGCGGCCGGGGACCUCGCGCCGCUCGUCGCCGCCCCGGGUUACAUCGGCGACGAACGCCACAAGCACGCCAGGUCGAUGCCGGAUCUGAGGGCGCUAGCCUUUGCGUUGGCGCAGCGGGGCUUGGUGCUCGCCGCGUCAAACUCGGAGGAAGAUUCGGAGAGCGUCCGGCGAGCGAGCGAGCUCGGGUACUGGAUGUGGGUCGAACACGCCGGCUUUUCUUGGGACGAGCUCAACAGGGACGGGGCGAGGGAGUACCGCCUGGAGCUAAGGCUCGGCGAGGAGGACCCCGAGGAGCCCAGCGCUUUGAUCGGCGAGACUUUCACCGCCAAGGCGAAGGCGGCGGAGGAGGUGAUUUUGAAGGUGCUCACGGAGAGGCGCAUGGAAAGUGAAUUUGAGAGGAUGGCGCUGAACCACGUGUCAUCACUCGCGCGCGAGGGCCUCGGCGGCAUCGGGUGCCUCAAGAACAUGCACGCGGACCUCGCGCGCAGGGUCGACGACGCCGAACGCGCGAGCAGGGUGCGCACGCGCGGGGGGGGCGUACCAGCCGCGCCCCUCGCGCAGCUCAAGACGCUCAAGCCCAUCCGAGCCGCCGUCUUUAACGCCAUCGUCGCCGCGACGACCUCCGUCGUCGCCUCGUUCGCGCCCCUGCCUCAAGAGACGCCCGACGACGACGACGAUGGCGAGCUCGACGCGAGGCGAGAGGUUGUCGACGCGGCGGUUUCGUUGAGAGCCGACGUCGAACGCCGAGGCGCCGAACUCGUCCGACGCAAUUCGCAUCAGACCCCGACGGAUGCCGACGAGGACGAGCUCGCGAACGCGAUGGAGGUGACCGGCUCGCUGCUGGUCCGCGCGGUGGCGGCGGCGACGCCGGGUGCGGCGAUACCCGCCCCCGGCGCGGACGCGGCGCGCGCGGCGGUGGACGCGGCGGCGGUAAAAGCGAGGGACGUCGUCGAAGCGUGGGCGGAGAGCGUGAGGGUUCGAUCGCGGGACACAGCCGUGCGCGGGGGCGGGCGCGGCGGCGGGCGUUGGGGCGGGCGGGGCCGGGGUAGGGGCCGGGGUAGGGGCCGGGGGAAGCGGACGAGCGACGCGGCGCAGCUGGGGGUGGGUAGGGACGAGCGUGUGGCUAAGCGCGCGAGCAUCGAGCCCGGCGGCGCGCCUUAA